GUGCGCUGUGUCCUCGGACACAGCGGAUCACGGAAAGAGCCAAAGAUGUUGGCUCGGUCAUGUGAUCAGCUGUGUCCAAUCACAGCUGACCACUGAUCAUCAGGGCCUGAUGAUCAGUGUUCCCUGAUGAUCAGUGUGGCUCCAGAAGUGCCACCUGUCAGUGCUCAUCAGUGCCAUGUGCCAGUGCCCAUCAGUGCCACGUGCCAGUGCCCAUCAGUGCCACAUCAAUGCCACACAUCAGUGCAUACCAGUGCACAUCAAUGCCACAUAUCAGUGCCCAUCUGAGCUGCCUUUCAGUGUCACCCAUCAGUGCCAGUCUGUGCCACCUAUCAAUGCCAAUCAGUGCCACCUAUCAGUG